AAGAAUAGUUCUGUAUCCAGCUCCAAGUUUUGCUCACUUGGUCUCCAUGGUUGGAUUCGGAAAGCUUAUCUUGCAGCAUCAACCGCAUUUAUCCAUUGUCAUCUUGGUCCCAUCCAUGCCUUCUGCUCAUACUUCUUCUUCUUCAUCAUACAUCAGUGAUCUCUCUGUGGCUGGAAUUCCCAUCUCUUCCUUUCUCUCCCUUCCCUCCAAGUUACAGUCUAUGAUUCUGUCGCCAUGAAUGCUCUCAAUGUUCUUGAUGCCCUAGAAACUUUAUCUUCCUCCUUCACCAUUUUGGCUCUCGUCACCUCAGCUCCUCAUCAGAACUUGAACACCCACAUCCCCAUCUUCUGCUACUUCACUUCAUGUGCUUCUGCUCUGGCUUUUUUCCUCUACUUACCCACCUUCCAUAGCCAAACCACUAAAAGCUUCACAGAUCUCAGAGAGACUCUCUUGGAUUUUCCUGUUUUGCCUUCUCUCAGUGCUUCUAACGUCCCUGAACCUGUGCUGAACCGAGAAAGCCCCUCCUACCAAUUUUUUCUGUGUUUUGCUUCUUCUCUACUGAAAUCCAAGGGAUUGAUAGUGAACACCUUCAAUUUUCUUGAACCACGCACUGUUCAAGCUAUAACAGAUGGUGAUUGUGUCCCAAAUGAUCAAACCCCCCCAAUUUUCUGCAUUGGUCCAUUGAUUACGAGUGCUAAAGAUCAUGCUAUUGCCAGCUCAACUUCUGAUUAUGAUGAAGCGUCCAAUUGCAUGGUAUGGUUAGAUAAGCAGCCUAGUGAAAGUGUUGUGUUCUUGUGUUUUGGAAGUAAGGGCGUGUUCUCUGAAGCUCAGAUAAAAGAAAUAGCUAUUGGUUUAGAAAGGAGCCGCCACAGAUUCUUGUGGGUAGUGAAAAGUCCUCAGGGUCUGAACACAGAACCCAAAUUGGAUGAACUGUUACCGCAUGGUUUCCUAGAGAGAACCAAAGAGAAAGGUCUGGUUGUGAAAUCAUGGGCCCCACAGAAUGCAAUUCUCAGGCACGAAUCAGCUGGUGGGUUCGUGACACACUGUGGUUGGAACUCAGUGUUGGAAGCAGUGAGCUAUGGUGUGCCAAUGGUGGCUUGGCCACUGUACGCAGAGCAGCAUAUGAACAGUGUGAUUUUGGUGAAGGAGAUGAAAGUGGCACUAGCAGCAAGGGAUGGAAGCAGAGAAGGGUUGGUGAGUUCAGAUGAGGUAGAGAGAAGAGUAAGGCAAUUGAUGGAAAUGGAAGAAGGGAAAGUUAUGAGAUGCAGGAUUUUGGAGAUGAAAGCCAUGGCCAUCAAUGCUUGGUGUUCAGGUGGGUCCUCUUUAAAUGCAUUCAUUGACUUGGUGAGCUCUUGGAAGCGUGGUUGACCAACUUAUGCUUACCCUUCACUGAAUUUGUCCAACUUCAUUUUAUUUAUUAAUGAUCAAUCAUCAAACGGUGCCUUGGGAGAAACCGAGAGAGAAAGUAGCACAAUGGAUUACCCAUUCUGGACCUGUUUAUCUUUCUGUUUAAU